UUUUUUUUUUUUUUUUUUUGCUUAGCAUCAGCAAGCAUGGCUAACGAGAGCAGAGUUGGAUUAUUACCAUAUAAUAGCUUAUCGGUAGAUGAUUUGGAAUCAGGCAGCGGUGGUGGUGGAAAUAUAUCCAGGAACAAUGGUGCCAUUCGCGAUUACUUUGAACAAUCAAGCCAUCCCCUAGCAGCCUUUUUUUUUCUAGCUUUUCGUUUAGGAGCUAUUUUAACGUAUUUACUAGGCUCAAUCUUUUCGGACAACUUUACGCUUAUCUUUGUCUUGGCUAUUUUACAGUUGGCUUUUGAUUUCUGGACUGUUAAAAAUGUUUCAGGACGUCUAUUAGUUGGAUUGCGUUGGUGGAAUGAGAUACAACCUGAUGGAUCAAAUAAAUGGGUAUUUGAAAGUGCUCACCCUAACCGCAAACCUAAUCGAGCUGAUUCUCAAUUAUUUUGGACCGUUCUUUACGCAACUCCUAUUGUGUGGUGUUUAUUGGCCUUGUCUUGUAUAAUUACGUUUAAAGUAUCGUGGUUAGUGAUUGUAGCAAUUGCUAUAGCCAUGAGUGGGGCAAAUGUUUAUGGUUACACUCAAUGCGAUAAAGACGCAAAGAGAAAGUGGGCAACGACAAUGGCUACUCAAUCAGCACUGGGCUCGCUCGGAAGUGGAGCUACUGGGUUACUUGGAAGAGCUGUAUCAUCUGGAGUCGGAAGCUUUUUUACAUCUCGAAGAUAAUCAAAAGAAAAGUCUUACUACAGUUUUCACACUAUAAAAACAGGCAAAUGUUAACUGUAAAGACUAUUCGGACAGCUUAAUAAAUACAUUUCAUAUUUAACUAGACGCUAAGCUUUAUCAAACAUGUACUCCAAUAGGCUUUAAAAAAUAUUAGCCAUCAAAGAAAAUUAUCUUUGCCGAUAUAUAUUAAAGUUUUGCGGCGGUCUUGAUUAUAAACGCUUAA